UCUCUCAACAUGCAGUGGAAGACGGCUAUGAUCGUCCUUCUGGCGGGGGUAGCAGCCUCUGCCGGUCUUGACAGCAACUACCUCCCUCCUUCUGGUGCCGCGUACUCGGGAGGUAGAGGAGGAGCGGGUGGAAUCACAGCUCCAUUUGGAGCCAGAACUGGAGGAUACGGUGGAUCUUCCAGUGGAGCUGGGGGAUACGGUGGAUCAACUGGUGGUGCUGGAGGUUACGGUGGAUCUGCCAGUCGCGCUGGAGGAUACGGUGGAUCAGCUGGUGGAGCUGGAGGAUACGGUGGAUCAGCUGGUGGAGCUGGAGGAUACGGUGGAUCAGCUGGGGGCGCCGGAGGAUACGGUGGAUCUGCCAGUCGCGCUGGAGGAUACGGUGGAUCAGCUGGUGGAGCUGGAGGAUACGGUGGAUCAGCUGGGGGCGCCGGAGGAUACGGUGGAUCAGCUGGCGGCGCUGGAGGAUACGGUGGAUCAGCUGGUGGUGCUGGAGGUUAUGGUGGAUCAGCCAGUCGUGCUGGAGGAUAUGGUGGAUCAGCUGGUGGCACUGGAGGAUAUGGUGGACCUGCCGGUGGUGCUGGAGGAUACGGUGGUGGUGCUGGAGGCUAUGGCGGUGGCGCUGCUGCCAUAAUUCCUAUCAUUUCCUACGAAAACAACCCCAAUCUUGGAGAUGGAUCUUAUUCUUGGAGGUACGAAACUGGCAACGGUAUCAAGGCUGAUGAGGAAGGGUAUUUGAACCCAGGUGCACCCGAAGGCCCUGGAGAGACUGCUAAGGGAUAUUUCUCCUACACAUCCCCCGAGGGUCAGCUGAUCUCGUUGUACUACACAGCUGACGAGAAUGGCUUCGUACCCCAGGGUGACCACCUCCCCACACCCCCUCCCAUCCCUGCUGAGAUCCUCGAGUCUCUGGCGAAAAACGCAGCUGACGAAGCGGCUGGUAUCUACGAUGACGGAAGUUACAGGGAAGAGAGUGCCACUGGAGGCUAUGGAGGCGCUGGUGGUGCUGGUGCCGCUGGAGGCUAUGGUGGCGCUAGAGGAUCUGGAGGCUAUGGUGGCGCUGUUGUGGCUGGAGGCUAUGGUGGCGCUAGAGGAUCUGGAGGCUAUGGUGGCGCUGUUGUGGCUGGAGGCUAUGGUGGCGCCAGAGGAUCUGGAGGCUAUGGUGGUGCUGGUGGCGCUGGAGGAUAUGGGGGCGCUAGAGGCUCUGGAGCCUAUGGUGGAGCUGGUGGCGCAGGAGGAUAUGGUGGCGCUAGAGGAGCUGGAGGCUAUGGUGGCGCUGGUGCCACUGGAGGAUAUGGUAGCUCUAGAAGUUCUGGAUACUCAAGUCAGGCGGCGUACUAGUGUUACUUGUAAGAAUAUAUUUUACUCCUUCUUCAUACUGCCAAACACUAUUAAUAUACAUUUGAACUACAUAAUUAUUUUUCCGACAAAAAGCCAUUGUAUUAUACUAUACCCCUUAUAUCAAACUUCUUUAAAGAAAUCAUUGAUGCUAUUUCGUUCAUUACUCAUAUUAAUUUUCUCGUUCACUAUAUGUACUGUCUAGUGAUAAGGCAGUAUUAAGUCAUUUGUGUGGUGAUAUAUGUUUUGUUGUAUUUCGUUUUAAUGUUUUUGUUACAUGUAUGCAACGGGUAUUAACUGUAAAUAUGUUUAAAUCGUGUAUGUAUAAAGCAAAUUGUAUAUUAUGAAAUGGAAAUA